UCUCGCGUCGCGGGGCAGAGCGACACUUUUUUCUGCCAGAUUCGUUCGUUUCGUGCAAAAACGCGUCGAUUAAGCCUAAUUGCAUCAAUUUCUGUGCUGAGGUAGCUAAACUGAAGAAUUACCGUCUUUUCCCCACCUUCUUUCUCGCUCCAAAGCGAGGCCGGGGAAAAUGCGUAUAAAAAAGCCUGCACUCUAACGAGCACGCGCAGAACGGAACUGUUGCGCGCCCGGUACGCGCGUCCCUAACCUCGCCGGCCGCUCUCAGAGAAUCGAUGCUCCGAGUGCUCCGACACGUGAAGCGUGGUGGAGCGAAGGAAAUCGUCGCAGAACUGAUCCUUUUUGCCGUUGUUAUCCUUGUAAUCUGACAAGCGGACCAGUUCGCGAUGGACGCUCCAGUCAUGCCGAAUUUAAACGGGGAUGUUUUCAGGAAUAUGAUGUUCGUAGAAAAUCGAUCGCCCGUCGACACCAAGCAGCUGCAGUUUCUCUCGAUUUACGACGAACACAAUGCUCUUCUCGGAGGCACCAACAUGGUCGACCUCUACUGGAACGGCACCAUCUGGUAUUACAAGGAUAUCUCGGAUUUUUCGCGGAAGCAUGCCGCAGCCACGACCCAGCGAAUGGACAGCGGCAUUGUGGACGCCGUUUACCUGAGUAAGAGAAAAUUUGUCAGCGUGGAGGACAGCGGAGCUGUGCAGAUCUAUCAGAUAGGUGAGACGGACGAGGAGACCCAGUUUCAGAAUCUUGAAUAUGCCUGCCAGCACGACAACAGCGUCCUGACGGUGUCCGUGUUUUCGAAUCGAAGAAACAUCGUCACGGGAGGAAUGGAUUGUUGCUUAAAAGUCUGGGACGCGGAGGACCUGAUCGCUAGUUACUCCUAUAGCUUUGCGCAUACAGAUAUCAUCACUGGUACAGACGUAAAGCCCACGUGCAAUUCUACAUUUGUAUCCGUAUCUUUCGAUAGUGAAUCGUUACUAUGGGACAUUAGACGAGCCAAACCGGCGAAUUGUAUCUUCAAGAAGAAGAAUUGUUCCUUAUCGGCGGUAUCUUGGAAUACUAAUUUGGAUCAUCUCAUAGCAAUAGGUACAAAUGACGGUAGCAUUGUAUUAAUUGACAUCAGACAAACGGAAACUCCAUUGUACGAGUCAGUCGAAUGUGACAGAAGCGUACAUAAGUUGUUGUUCAAUCCAAAUCCAGAAAGGAAAGAACAAUUAGCGUGCUGCUCCGAUAGCACAUCGGUAAAAAUAUUUGAUACCCAUAGAGAAAUGCUACAAUUAUUCGAAGAUAAUAGACAUUGCGAUUUUGUACGAGGACUCGCAUGGUGUAAAGACGAUUUAUACUCGUGUUCUUGGGACGGCAAUGUGAUUAAACAUAUAGAAUGAUGUGUGACUUCGCGUGAAAACGAUCGAUUCGGCAGAUGGAGGUCAACCUAUUGGAUUCAACCUUCAUCCUACACGUCUCGGUUUUACAAAAGGUUGAUUGGAAAAUUAAAGGUUGUGAGCGAAGAAGUAUAAGAUGACAGUGGUAAUGAUGAUAAAAAUGGGUUUGAGAAUCCACGUUUCAAUAAAAUAGAAGAAAUUUGA